AUGGAAAAUCAGGAGCUCGAAUUCCCGUCAGACUCGGAACUGGACACAAUCAACAAAUACAUAAAAGACACUAGACAAUUUGCAGCGCUCGUAAUCGAUACAUGUAAUCACGAAGGGGUAGAAUUCCUGAAUCCGAUCGGCGUUCGAGUACCCGGGCUUUUGCAUCGAAUGGAGGAUAUGCGCGAAAUCCUUAAAAAGCCGUUUUGGGCCUCACUUGACGAUUCUCACGAACUUGCCCCACUCAAAAAAUGCACUCUUCAAGUUCUCGACAAAUUUGAAGACAUGUGCUACAAAAAAUUCCGACAUCACAUUGAAGCCUCUAUAGAAAGUCACGAAUUUUAG